CCCCGCUACGCCGCUCACGUAGUGAACCCUCCUGUGAAGCGUGGCGGAACUCCGGGUUUGGAGUCAACCUUUUAGGGACGGAGGAAGAAAAAGCGGAAUAAAGAAGUCUCCCUGUGCAGUGGGAAGGGCUCUGAGCCCGCACUGCGCGGCGGUGACGACAUUCGUCCGCGACCGCAGACGAGAGUUUUCUGCGACGGGUGGCGGGCGCCUGCGCAGUGGCUCCGGGCAGGCGGUUACUUGUUGGUUGUUGUAGUAACGGGGGAAGCAGCAGUCGGCUGCCUACUUGAGCCCGGCUGGGGAAGGAGGAGGGAGAUAGGCGCAGAGCGCGGUCCCCGCCUGCCCGCCCGAGCCGUGGGAAGAUGAGACAGGAAUCUGUGCCACCCAAAUUGAUCCAGUGAAUCUGCAAGGAGAGGUCUCUGAGGCCCCUUUCUGCUGACUGCAUGACAAACCCUAAAGGAAAUGCCAGUCGUGAUGGCCCGGGACCUGGAGGAAACAGCAUCAUCCUCAGAGGAUGAGGAGGUGGUAAGCCAAGAGGAUCAUCCAUGUAUCAUGUGGACUGGAGGCUGCAGGAGAAUUCCAGUUUUGGUAUUCCAUGCUGAGGCUAUUCUGACAAAGGACAACAAUAUUCGAGUAAUUGGAGAACGUUAUCAUUUGUCUUAUAAAAUUGUGCGAACGGACAGUCGCCUGGUGCGCAGCAUUCUGACAGCACAUGGAUUCCAUGAAGUUCACCCAAGCAGCACUGACUAUAACCUAAUGUGGACAGGAUCCCACCUGAAACCCUUCUUACUUCGCACCCUCUCUGAAGCACAAAAGGUUAAUCACUUUCCCAGGUCUUAUGAACUAACCCGGAAGGACCGACUGUACAAAAAUAUCAUUCGAAUGCAGCAUACACAUGGAUUCAAGGCUUUUCACAUCCUCCCUCAGACUUUCCUCCUGCCAGCUGAGUAUGCGGAAUUCUGUAAUUCAUAUUCAAAGGACCGGGGACCUUGGAUAGUAAAACCAGUGGCCUCUUCUAGGGGGCGGGGCGUCUACCUGAUCAACAAUCCAAACCAAAUUUCCCUGGAAGAGAACAUCCUGGUCUCCCGUUACAUUAACAACCCCCUGCUCAUAGAUGAUUUCAAGUUUGACGUGCGCCUCUAUGUGCUCGUGACUUCCUAUGAUCCUCUUGUCAUCUAUCUCUAUGAAGAAGGAUUGGCGAGGUUUGCAACUGUGCGAUAUGAUCAAGGAGCCAAGAACAUUCGAAACCAGUUCAUGCACCUGACAAACUACAGCGUGAAUAAGAAGAGUGGAGAUUAUGUCAGUUGUGAUGAUCCAGAAGUAGAAGAUUAUGGGAACAAGUGGAGCAUGAGUGCUAUGCUUAGGUACCUGAAACAAGAAGGCAGAGAUACAACUGCAUUGAUGGCCCAUGUAGAAGACCUUAUCAUUAAGACUAUAAUCUCUGCUGAACUAGCUAUUGCUACAGCCUGUAAAACCUUCGUUCCUCAUCGCAGCAGUUGUUUUGAACUCUAUGGUUUUGACGUGCUCAUAGAUUCUACUCUGAAGCCAUGGUUGUUGGAAGUGAAUCUAUCUCCUUCUUUAGCCUGUGAUGCACCUCUGGACUUAAAGAUUAAAGCCAGUAUGAUUUCAGAUAUGUUCACUGUUGUAGGAUUUGUAUGCCAAGAUCCUGCCCAGCGGGCAUCAACUCGGCCAAUUUAUCCCACCAUUGAGUCUUCCAGGCGAAACCCUUUCCAGAAACCUCAGCGUCCAGUAUCUGCUCAGUUUCAGUCAACAAACAUCAAGCAGCAUGCACGUCCACUCUCUGCCAGUGAUGCAGAAAUGAAAAACCUUGUGGGCUCAGCUCGGGAGAAGGUGCCUGGGAAGUUAGGUGGUUCUGUGCUUGGUCUGUCAAUGGAGGAGAUCAAAGUUUUACGGAGGGUAAAAGAAGAGAAUGAUCGGAGAGGUGGAUUUAUUCGCAUAUUUCCUACAUCCGAGACAUGGGAAAUAUAUGGGGCCUACCUUGAGCAUAAGACCUCCAUGAAUUAUAUGCUGGCCACACGCCUCUUUCAGGACAGGGGAAACCCAAGAAGAAGCUUAUUGACAGGAAGAACACGAAUGACUAUUGAUGGAGCACCAGAAUUGAAGGUAGAGAGUGUGAAUUCAAAGGCCAAGCUGCAUGCUGCUCUUUACGAGAGGAAGCUCUUGUCUCUGGAGGUGCGAAAACGUAGACGACGGAGUGGCAGAUUGAGAGCCAUGAGGCCAAAAUACCCAGGUACUUCUGUGAUUACCCAACCAGCUGAAAUGAAUGUUAAAACUGAGACAGAGAGUGAAGAGGAGGAAGAAGUUGCAUUAGACAAUGAAGAAGAACAGGAAGCUUCCCAGGAGGAGUCUGCAGGGUCUCUUGGAGAAAAUCAAGGCAAAUAUACACCCUCAUUGACUGUUAUGGUAGAAAAUUCACCCAGAGAAAAUUCCGUCAAAGUUCCUGAGUGGAAUAAUAAAGGUGAACAGUGCAGCAAAAUUGACACUCAGGAGCCAGAGCCUAAGUUUAACCUGAUGCAGAUUCUGCAAGAUAAUGGAAAUCUUAGCAAAGUGCAGGCCCGAAUAGCAUUCUCUGCCUAUCUCCAGCAUGUUCAAAUUCGCCUGAUGAAAGACAAUGGAGGUCAGACAUUCAGUGCCAGUUGGGCUGCCAAAGAAGAUGAACAGAUGGAGCUGGUGGUUCGUUUCCUCAAGCGAGCAUCAAGUAACCUCCAACAUUCACUGAGAAUGGUAUUACCCAGUCGACGACUGGCACUUCUGGAACGCAGAAGAAUCCUGGCCCAUCAACUGGGUGACUUUAUCAUUGUAUACAGCAAGGAAACAGAACAAAUGGCUGAAAAGAAAUCAAAGAAGAAACUUGAGGAAGAAGAAGAAGAUGGAGUGAAUACGGAAAACUUUCAAGAGUUCAUCAGACAAGCAAGUGAGGCUGAACUGGAAGAGGUGUUAACUUUUUAUACGCAAAAAAACAAGUCUGCAAGUGUUUUCCUGGGGACUCACUCUAAAAGUUCUAAGAACAGCCACAGCUAUUCUGACAGUGGGGCAAAAGGGGAUCACCCUGAGAUGAUGGAAGAAGUGAAAAUAAAGCAGCCCAAACACCAACAGGCAACAGAAAUUCACUCUGAUAAAUUAUCUCGAUUUACCACUUCAGCAGAAAAAGAGGCUAAAUUAGCCUCUACCAAUUCUUCCUCUACUUCUUUUUCUGUUCCUGCUGCUACUCUUCUGCAGAAAAUUCCCAGCACUCAUUUGUCACCUCUGAUUACAACCUCUGACCUCUCUCCAGGGCCUGGCCACCAUUCUUCUUUAUCUCAAAUUCCUCCAGCUAUCCCCAACAUGACUCACCAGCCAACAGUUUUACUGAACACAGUCCCUGACCAUGCUUCUCCCUCCAUACAUCCUGGGACACAGAACGUACCAAGCCCCGCUGGCCUGCCACGCUGUCAAUCAGGCAGUUACACCAUUGGCCCCUUUUCCUCUUUCCAAAGUGCUGUACACAUCUAUAGCCAGAAACUGUCUCGUCCCUCUUCAGCAAAGGCAGCAGGUUCAUGCCAUCCAAACAAGCAUCAUUCAGGAGGAGCCAAAACACAAAAGGAGGGAGAAGAUGGUUCUUCAUACAGCAGACGGUACAACCAGAGUGUGGUUACAGCUGAACUUCAGCGGCUAGCUGAGAAGCAGGCAGCGAGGCAGUAUUCUCCAUCCAGCCACAUCAAUCUCCUCACCCAACAGGUAACACACUUGAAUUUGGCAAGUGGCAUCAUGAACAGAAGCAGUGCUUCAACUCCCCCUACCCUUCGACCUGUCAUCAGUCCCAGUGGCCCGACAUGGUCAAUACAGUCAGACCCCCAAGCUCCUGAGAACCACUCCAGCCCUCCUGGAAGCAGGAGCCUCCAAACAGGUGGCUUUGCCUGGGAGGGAGAGGUAGAGAACAAUGCAUAUAGCAAGACUACAGGGGUGGUCCCCCAGCACAAGUAUCACCCCACAGCAGGCAGUUACCAACUCCAUCUUGCCCUGCAGCAACUUGAACAACAAAAACUUCAGUCCCGGCAGCUUCUGGACCAGAGUCGAGCACGGCACCAGGCAAUCUUUGGCAGCCAGACACUACCUAACUCCAAUUUAUGGACAAUGAAUAAUGGUGCAGGCUGCAGAAUUUCAAGUGCCACAGCUAGUGGCCAGAAGCCAACCACUCUGCCACAAAAAGUGGUGCCACCUCCAAGUUCUUCCUCCUCCUUGGUCCCCAAACCUCCAUCCAAUCAUAAACAAGUGCUCAGAAAGGCAGCAUUACAGAGGGCUUCCAAAGGGUCCUCUGCAGAAGGGCAGCUGAAUGGACUCCAGAGCAGCCUUAACACUGCAGCCUCCGUGCCCAUCACCAGCUCUACAGAUCCUGCUCACACUAAAAGAUGAAUCACAAACACACGGAGGGAGAACCUAUCCACUACUCCCAGGUGUGUGGCUGAGGGUGAAGCAUCCACCAGCACUGCAGGGGUCCAUAGUAUAUUUUUGCUGCAUCAGAGUCCCCAAAGCCUCCAAGCAGAAGUGGCAGUAGAUGGUCACCUAUCAGCCAAUCCAGACUUGUACUGGGACAACAAGAAAAUAGCUCCUCCAGGUUCUAAUAGAACUUGGCAGUGGGGACAUUCAACUGACGCAUUAUAUACCCUUUCAGAGCACACGUGUAUCUUUUACCUUCCCUUUUCCCCCACCCCAACCUGCUUAGGUCUUCUCUGUCCCUUUCCUGCUACCGCACAGAGAUAAUAUAAAAGAGGCUCUUUGGCUAUUUGCAUUUUGCUUCCUCUUCUUUUCCAGAUUGCGGUAUUAAGCUUUACUUUCUUUGUACAGGCUUAAAAUCCCAACAUCAUUAUCUACCAAAGUUGUUCUUCCCUUUCUGAGGGGUCUUGGGGGAAGGCGGGCUUAUAUCACAAGUUUCCUAGAGAGUGGAGACAAGCCGGGUGUGCUGCUAACAACAUGAGCCAGGGUGAAGGUGCCCUUUGGAAUUACUCAGUUCUGAGAUUAAUAAAGUAAUUCUAUUUUUA